CAGAAACGAAACGCAUUUUGUGAUACAGAGAGAGAGAUAUCACCAUUCACUCCACCACCUGAUUUGCAUCAGUUUCUUCUGGAAUCGUACUUAGACUGAUAUGAAAUGAAUCCAAUUCGACAGAGAGUAGCAAAGAGUGUCUGAUCUGAUCGCUGAUUCUCAUGGCGGGACGGGUCUACGAAGCCUGGAAGGGAAGCAAUAAGUUUUUAUUUGGUGGGAGACUUAUAUUUGGCCCAGAUGCUUGGUCUCUUCCUUUUACGUUGUUGCUCAUCAUAACUCCAGUUACUUUGUUCUCUGUUUUUGUUGCAACACAUCUCCGCCACAAGUUCUUUCCAAACACUGCAGGAGAUGCCAUCUUAGUAAUAGCGAUUCUGUUUACUCUUUUUGUACUGAUCCUCCUCUUCCUCACUUCUGCGCGAGAUCCUGGAAUCGUUCCAAGAAACUUGCAUCCGCCAGAGGAAGAACUUUCCUAUGAGACAACUGUGUCAAGUGAUGGAAGACAAACACCAACUGUUCAAAUUCCAAGGACAAAAGAAGUCAUGGUUUAUGGCGUUCCCGUUAGAGUUAAAUAUUGCGAUACAUGCAUGCUUUAUCGACCUCCUCGUUGCUCACAUUGCUCUAUUUGCAACAACUGUGUUGAGCGUUUUGAUCAUCAUUGCCCUUGGGUAGGCCAAUGCAUUGGAGUGAGAAAUUAUAGGUUCUUCUUUAUGUUUGUUUCCUCUGCAACUCUUCUCUGCAUCUACGUGUUCUCCAUGUCGGCUUUAUACAUAAAAUUUCUGAUGGAUAACAACCAAGGUACUGUGUGGAGAGCAAUGCGAGAAUCACCUUGGUCUGUUAUGCUGAUGAUAUAUUCCUUUAUCUCUCUAUGGUUUGUUGGAGGGCUUACUGGUUUCCACUUAUACCUUAUUAGCACAAACCAGACAACCUAUGAGAAUUUCCGUUACAGAUCAGACAAUAGAAUCAACGUUUAUAACCGCGGGUGUUCUAAAAAUUUCCUUGAGACAUUUUGCUCGAAAGUUAAGCCCUCAAGGAACGACUUCAGAGCGUUCAUGAGAGAAGAACCUCCGAGGAGUAUCACAUUGGCUACCACAUGGGAAAGACCAGGAGAAGAAGAAGAAGAAGAAAGUUUGGACUUGGAGGAACGGCGUCAGAAAGUGGAAGACGAUCUGGACAUCGACCAAGAUGUUAUGAAACUACAGCAGCGUUCUAAUGCAGAAGAAGGUAGCGAUCCAGCGCAUCAGAGGGUCGAGAUUGACCAAAUAAGAGUUGGAUCUAGUGAGAGAGCACCAACGAUUCGAUCUGAAGUGAGGCACGCGAACGGGGGAACAAGAAGUAGCACAAAAGAGGAUGUAACUAGUGGUUCUUCAGUCAGGGAGAGUAGAAGCUAUGCAGCUGCAGAGGAAGGACGGUGAUGAAUGAACAAUGGGAGUAAAGAGAUUUUCUAUUGCUUACUGAACUUUAUUGUUUUAAUUUUUUAUUAUAUUUACGGGUUUAGACCCUCGUGGUCUGGUUUGGGAGUUGUGAACAUUUACGGUGGUUUGGGCAACUGUGAAUAAGUUUAUAGUAAGCUUGGAUAGUAAAUUAGGUUACUCUAUCCGCUUAAAUUUUCUAUAGAUGUUUUUGGGAACCAUUGAGUAUUUGUAGAACUAGAAACUGUCCAAAUUGGGAAAGCUUCUUAUUUUUUGUCAUGCAAAUCCAAAUUGGGAAA